CUUUCCCAAAUGAUCAAGAGGCCCCCAAGACGGCCCAAGAAGUCUCCCCGGGGUCCGUAGCCAUUUGGGCUCAAGCCGUUCUGGCUCAAGCCUACCACAUCCGAGUCACUCCCUUGCCGGAGCUGCCGAUUCUGCCGAGCCCGGUGGCACUGACCGCCCGCGGCGCCCAGAGAGCUAAGCCCGCAGGCUGGCCCGCUGGCUCUCCUGCCCCACUGCCUGCCUGCUCCGCGCAGGAUCCGCAGCCCGGUCUUCGGGAGACCUUGGCGCCCUUGAAGCUGACAGCGCGGCCAGCCUUGUCAGCGAUGGGGACAAGUGGCGCGUCUGCAACCCGUUCUCUUCCGAGGAGACGCGCAAAAGUACUGCUUCCAGUCCGUGGAGGGGGACGGCGACCCCACGGCCAUCGAGCUCGUGCGCGACAAGCGCUCUCCGAAGCUGAUCUUCCACAAGCACAGCGAGUGGGCCGCGAAGUACGAGAGGUACAUCGAGGCUGCGAGCAGAGACCAUGGGCCCAUGCCGAGCAUGCUGCCGGAGUACCGGUCGACCUGGCUGCCGGUGCGCCCUCCGGGCUCCGAGCGGCCUGCUGACAGCUCGACUCUGCGCCUGGGGGAGAAGUACGUGGAGUACAUCCGGUGCGUCCCGGUGGCCACCCCCGACGGGCCGAAGUCGUGCGUUCUGGAGGUCCAGGGCCAGGGCAUCACGAGCGAGCUCCUCGGGGGCCUGUACUUCCCGGACUUCCUGGCCAGGCAGGCGCUGCGGCACUUCAAGAACGGCCGGGCGGGCGAGGAGCUCCUGGCCCCGGACCCCAACUGCACCUCGGCGAGCUUCGCCCUCCUGAGCUCGGAGGAGGGAGACCAGUUGCCAAUUGCGCGUCGCCGCUACAGUCGAAGCUGCACCUGCGAACGAGAGUUUUGAUUCCAGCGGCUGGAAGCUCAAGGACUCUCGAAACAUUAAGAUCGGUGCCAUCAUGGGUGGUGGGUUCAUCAUCGGCGGAGUCGUAGGAGGCCCCAUCGGCGCAGUGAUUGGAGGGGGGCUCUCUACCGCCGCGGUGGGAGUGAGCUCGCUGUACAAGUACCUCAUCAGGCAGAAGGACAUGGACCUCAGCGCGAGCGAGAAGAUCUUCGAGAAGCUCCGCUGCAUGAGCAUCUUCAAGACCUGCAAAGGUGACGUCCUCGUCCCGAAGGGGCGGUCGUGCCCGGAGCUCUGAGCACAGCACCUGCGCGGGAGAGAGGGCACGGCCCCAUGACAUGCCUCAGCGCCGAUCUCAGCGAUGAGGGUGACGGUGACGGUGCCUGCUGUCCUCCUCCUCCUUCUCCUCGUGGCUAUGGUAUCGGGCUCGUUAUCGUCAUCGUCAUCCUCAUCGUCGUUCCUGGCAGCUGAUCCUGUUGGUCGCACUCCCCGUCUGGGAUGCUCACCAGGCCCCGGGCGCAUCCCCGCUCUGCAGCUGUCCAGGGCCUGGCCACUGCGCCCAGCGGGGACGCCCACACCAGCGCGCAACGGGGCUCGUUUCUACUCAAGGGCGCCGAAGCGAUGCCGCCUUCUUUCCUUGCCGCGACACUCUAACCGGCCGCCGUGCGCCGGGCGUGGCACAGCGUUGAGGCAAAAGAAUGAGAUGGGCCCCCGACAUUCCUCACCCCUCUCUGCGGCCUCCUGAGCCUCCCCCCCGCCGCUCAGCACUGCUCCGGAGGCCACUCGGACGGCCUGCAGUGUUCCAAUCAUUUCUUGCCCCCCCCCUCUCUCGCGACACCAAACCUCAGAGCGGGGCGUCUUCGGCGCGGUGUCAGGCCGGAGAUCUUGCAGGUGGUUGCCGUUGCCUUCCGUGCUCGGCGUGGCCCUCGAGGUCGCCCGUGCGGCGAGGGCGGCUGGCACACCUCGGUUUCUUUGUUAGCAGUGGCCUCGGUUUUGGUUCCCUUCUCCUCUUCUCCUGCUGAUGGUCACUCGCUGCGACGUGCACCUUUUUCUCAGCACUUCACGGUCGUAGCGCAGAUGAAGCCGAUCGUUUCAUUUCUGCCUGGCCUGGAGCCGUCACGUCCACGGAGAGGGAACGCGCGCGGGAGCUGGCGGGGCGGC